AUGAAGACCCGGCUUCUUGUGGCGGUGGCGAUGCCCGCGGCCCUUGUGCGCGCCGUCAACAACGGCCUCGCGCGAACUCCGCAGAUGGGAUGGAACAAUUGGAACACGUUCGCCUGCGACGUCUCCGAAAAGCUCCUCCUCGAGACGUCUAAACUCUUGGUCGACUACGGUCUCAAGGAUUUGGGCUACCAGUAUGUCGUGCUCGACGACUGCUGGUCGGUCGGGCGUGGCGAAGAUGGCUAUCUCAUCCCCGACACAACCAAGUUCCCCCACGGCAUGGACGGCGUGGCGGACGAGCUGCACAAGCAAGGCUUUCUGUUUGGCAUGUACUCGAGCGCCGGCGAGAUGACCUGCGCGAGAUACACGGGAUCUCUGGACUACGAGACGCAGGACGCCGAGAGCUUCGCAUCCUGGGGCGUCGACUACCUCAAGUACGACAACUGCUACCACAUGGGUCGCAUGGGGACGCCUCUCAUCUCCUUUAACCGCUACAAUGAAAUGGCCAAGGCGAUUAAGAAGACGGGCCGGUCCAUUCUGUACAGCCUGUGCAGCUGGGGCGAGGAUUACGUCCACACCUGGGGAGGAUCCAUUGCCAACUCGUGGCGCAUCUCAGGCGACAUCUACGACUCCUUUUCGAGACCGGACGAUCUCUGCGCCUGCAACGACCCGGCCAACCCAGCGUGCGUCGCCCCAGGCACGCACUGCUCUGUCCUGGCCAUCAUCAACAAGGUGGCGCCCUACAUUGACCGUGGCCUUCCGGGAGCGUGGAACGACCUCGACAUGCUCGAAGUCGGCCUGGGCGGCAUGACUGAAGAAGAGUACAAGGCACACUUUGCCAUGUGGGCGGCGCUCAAGUCGCCAUUGCUCCUGGGCAACGACCUGCGCGUCAUGGACGCCACGACGCUCUCCAUCGUCAACAACCCGGCCAUCAUCGCCAUCAGCCAGGACCCGAAAGGCCGAGCGGCGAUGCGCAUCUCGCGCAACCUCACCGUCCCCAAGGACGAGUUCGGCGUCGGCGAGACGCAAGUCUGGAGCGGCUCCCUCACCAACGGCGACCAGGUGGUCAUCUUCUUCAACGCCGCCGACGAGGACCUCGACAUGUCGGCGUCCCUGGCGGAGCUCUUCGUCAUGCACGGUCCGGGCGGCUCGGCGGACGAGGUCAAGCAGGACUGGACGGUCCGGGACCUCUGGGGCAGCGAGGGCGCGCGGAUGAGCAAGGCCGACGCGCAGGCCGUCUUGGAUGCCAAGUCCGACGCCGAGCGCAGCAGCGUCUUGAAGCGGGCGAACUGGUACAACGCCACGGAGAAGCCAUACGCCAAGGGCCUCGAGGAUGGAGACGAGCGCCUGUUCGGCGAGCGCGUCGGCACCGUCAAGGCCGGCGGACGGCUCGAGGCCAGAGUGGCCCGGCAUGCAGCCAAGGUGUUUCGGCUGCAGAGCGCGGGCGGCAAGGCCGGUGCGUCAAAGGGAAGCAGCCUCAGGGACGAGCUGUGA